AACAAUUAAAUAGUCAACAAUUAUUUUAUCAUCAAUACAUCUCAUUACUAGAAUUAUAUCAUCUGACGCAAUACGCCGCCUUUUAAAAUUUAAAUCUCUUCUCUAUUAGAUUACAUUACUUAUACUUUUGUAUUGAAUUACUGAUUAAUUAAUGAUCAAUUAAUUAUUUAAAAUGGAGGGAGAAUUUUCAUGAAGUAAAUUUCAAGAAAAUAAUCGCUGACACAAAUGGAAAUAAAAAUGAGAAUAUAACUAAACAAACAAAAAAUAUAAUUUUGAAUUUUUUUAAAUUAAAUUAUUUGUAAUUUUAAAAAUAUGUUAGAACCAACUUUACAAGCAUUGUCAUCAAUCAGAGUUAUUUUAGCAAGUGGAUCUCCAAGACGACGGGAGAUAAUUAAAAAUUUGGGAAUAAAUGUUGAAUGUAUAACAUCAAAGUACGACGAGAACCUUGAUCGGAAUAAAUACAAAAAUCAUGAAGAUUACGUCAAAGAUCUCGCUUAUUACAAAGUACACGAUGUUUAUAAUGAUUUAAAAAAUGACGCUCCAGUAUUAAUUAUCGGUGCUGACACAAUUGUCACACUCGGAGACAGUAUUUUUGGUAAACCAAAAGAUUCAACUGAUGCUGUAAGAAUAUUAUCCAGUCUAGCAAACAAAGAGCACGUUGUUUAUACCGGCGUAUGUCUGAAGACACCCGACAAAGAGAUAAAAUUCCAUGAGAGUGCGAAAGUUAAAGUCGGAGACAUCACCAGGGAGCAGAUCGAAGCUUACGUCAAAAAUGGCGAGCCAAUGGACAAAGCGGGUGGUUAUGGGAUCCAAGGGGUCGGCGGUUGUUUGAUAGAAUCUAUCAACGGUGAUUUUUAUACAGUAAUGGGUAUGCCACUGUACACUUUAGUUAAACAUUUAAAUCAACUGUACUCGAUGACAAAAUAAAUUUACGUUUGUUGAUAA